CAGUUCCACGGUUCCAGUCCGGGAAUCAGCAUGCGACGAGGAGCACAAGACUGAGAGGCUCCGAAGCACAAGAGCAAGCAGAGGCCGUCGGCCCGCCCAAAUUCGACGCUCGCGCGCUUUCUUCGCCAUCAAUUCAAAGCGAGGUGUUCCAUCCCCCGUCGCAAUCGUGAUGUAGCUGGUGGCCUCUCGGAGAGCAAUGCCGCGAUGGGCAAUGAGGGAGCGACGGAAAGAGACGAAUGAAGGCAAGAAUUAAAAGGAGCGGGAUAGGGAAAUGGUCCCCGCAUCGCCGAAGCCUUGCUAACGAAUUCUAUGCCGCGGCCUCGUCGGAAUCUGAUGGCAUUCAACGGCGCACUUCUCACGUCGAUUUGAGCCAUCGCGCUGCCUUCCGGCUGCGGGGAACAGCAGGAGGAUUAGGAGGAGGAGGAGUUAGAAGAGCCUCCAAUCAGUCGUUUCCCCUGUGCGCUGGAACGCCGCAGUUUGAAUUUCGGCUGAUUUCGGUAGAGGCGUGAGAGGGGAUGGUGGUGCUGACGCGGUGCUAUGGAGAACGAAGAGAGCACAGACUUUUGAGUGCCUUUUUCGAGUAAUUCGAAGUCGGGGGCUGCGAUUGUGAGUGGAACGAGCUUCGAUUCUCGAUCAUCGAAAAAUUUCACGAAGCAGAUGACGGUAUUGCGAGUUGUUCAGUUGGAUGAUGCGCGCAUGUGUACAAUUUGUCGGGUCAAGAGGAUACUGGUGACGCUACGUUAGAUCGAGGCCUGAAACACGCGUGCCGCGAAAUGGACACCUUCCUAGCGAAGAUUGAGGAGUUGAAGAGAGAGGCUGAACGUUUGAAGCAUACUUGCCGAUGUGUGAGUACUACACCCACCGGGAUCAACAAAAAAACAAAAAGAAAUAUUAUCAGCUAUAAUAAUGAUAACAAUGGUAUUAUUGCCAGCCCCGGGGGGCUGUUCUCGAACGGCAUCACUUCCUCACCUUGUAAUAUUCCAGGCUACAAGUUGGAUUUUGAAGGGCCUGGAGGAGAUGGUGACUGGGUGACAGCAUUUAAGGCAGAUGCUGGGCCAUGGUCAGGUGAACGGCUUGUGGUUCUCAGUCUAUUUGAUGGACUUGGCGGAAUUUGGCAAGCGCUGACCAAUCUAGGCAUCCCGUUCAGUGGUUACAGUUCUGAAGUGUUGGCGCCAGCAAUACAAGUUGUGAAAUCCCGGCAUCCCCACGUCAAGCAUGUGGGCGAUGUUAGGAAGUUGAAUCUGUCUGCCAUACCUGAGAAGGUGGAUCUUGUAGUUGGCGGCUUUCCAUGUCAGGAUCUAAGUAUUAUGGGAAAGAAAGAAGGGCUUCAUGGAAGUAGAAGCAAACUCUUCUUCGACCUUCUUCGUGUUUUACAGAUUUUCAAACCAAAAUGGUUCUUAGUGGAGAAUGUUGCAUCGAUGUCUUGGGUUGACCGAGAGGAAAUUACUAGGCAUCUGAAAGUGGUUCCCAUGGAGCUUGAUUCUCAAGAGAUCACGGCAAGUAAACGUCGUCGUUUGUACUGGACAAAUAUUCCUCAUCCUCCACGGCUGCCUCGCUUACGUGAUCAUCCAUCCACAUCCCUCCAAAGCUGCCUUGAGGGUGCACUUGCACUAGAACAGAAAUGCGGGGUUGUCCUCUGCAACAACCUUUAUAAAGGUGGUGGCGCUAGACUGGAACUCGUCUUGGAUAAUACAAUCAAUAAACUCCGUUACAUCAAACAGACGGAGAUUGAGUUGCUCAUGGGGUAUCCCAGGAAUUACACUAACGUUGUGGUACGAAGAACCAAGAUAACAGAAAAAAUUAUAAAAGCCGUACGGAUACCAGAGAAACCUACGGUUGCUCUGCCUAAAUCAAGCCCUCCACAAACUCCGUCAAUAAGACAGCUGCGCAAGAACAGGACGUCGCGGACUUUUUUUGCACCACAAGUUUGGGAGAGAAAUCCAACUAGGCAGGAAAGCCUUAAGGACCUGGAUAGGUGGUUUCUACUUGGAAAUAGCUUUUCGGUGCAAGUAAUUACGUACCUCACGAGCUCCUUGCUGAAAUCUGAAGUUCGUUUUCAUGGAAAAGCAGUGAAUAUUGUCGGCUCAGUGAGGGAGGAGGAGUUGUCUGCUAUGGAACCUGGUGAUGUAUGGGCUUUAUUCAAUGAGCAUGGGCGACCAAACUGGUACGCCGUCAUUCAGUCGCGAACUGGGGACAGAUUCUCUGAAAUUCCGGAUGCUACCGGAAAACGGAGUAUCACAAAGCUGCCGCUCAGCAUUGAAAUGAAAUAUCUGGAAAUGACGCCUGCUUAUGCCAAGGACGAAGUAGAUGAGUGGAAUCCACAGCGAGGUUCUGGUUUACUGAAGCUACGUGACGUAGUAGAUAUUCAAGACAAUUGGCAAGCAUUUUCUCACAGGGUGACGAGCUAUGUGAAAUUCGAAAACUCUUAUUUUGUGUACCCAGGAAACGACGAGGUUUGGGCUGUUUAUCAUGCCGAAACUUUGAGUCGUUAUUUUGUGUAUGUGGUAGAAAGCACGAUUAUUUGCGCCAGAUUACUUAAUGACAAACCGGGACAAGAUGAAGGAUUUCUCGCACGAUGCUUGCUUUUGCAAAAAACUACAGAACACGAAGUUUACCUAAAAACUUCUAAAGAGGUGGAGCUUAGUGAUAUCCAACCCUUCUGCUUUAGAGUGCCGUUUCAUAUCAAGAACGAGGCAAAUCUGUUGAAAGUGGAGGUAUCUGGUGUCAAGAGCCGACAAAGCAUGAAAGCCGACAGAGAAACGACUGCAGGGUAUAAGAGAAGGAAGCAGGGCCAAGGUGAAUCAGAUGAUGAUGACGACCUUGAUGAUGUUGACAACAACUCCCCUGAAGACGUUAAUGCUGAUGGUACCACUGCAGAGGAAAUGUUGGCUGAAGAUGAAGCCAUAGAGGUCAUGAAUGGGGGUUUGGAGGUGGUCGUGGCCCUUCCUGACGAUAUUGGUGAUACGAAUGGAGGGACACACUGAGACCUAUCAGAAAUGAGCUUUGUACAAGUAAAUGAUGUUUCCACUUAGGAAACCUGCAGCACUCCGGAAAUCGGAGUAAAAGAUGCCACUAAGGUUAGAAAUCAAUUGCACAUCAAAUAAUCUCGAUUCGAAGUUGGAUUUCUAAACCACCAUGCCUACGUCAAAGAAACUCACAUCUCUGAAAUCUCACGAGGGUGGGCACAUCGGAGGAUACAGUUUCCAGCUCUUUUCUGUACGUAAACCAGGAAUUUGACAAUUGACUGCAUUUUUCAAA